GCUGGUUCCUGUUGACGACGGUCGGUCUGGACUUGCAAAUUGCAAAUUGCACUGCAUCGGAUCAGAUGGACCCUCAGACCCUCCAAGAGUAUGCCAUAAAAUGCCAUCCAAACCUUGGGCGUCGGCAAUCACUCUGGCACUGCGACGUUGAGUGCGUGCAGGAACGGCUCGUGAUAGACUCGAACUGCCUGCUCCCUCAUGGCCGUUUCACCUUCAUCCUGACGCCGCGAUGCUGUCGCUGUUCCUACUCGGUACUAGCAGAAUGGGCGGGAGGGCUGUUGCACACACGCCCACACACCAUUGUCGCCGUCGCCGUCGCCCUCCAAGGUUCACAUCGACGAUCUCACCUCUGGGUCUGCGGGGUCGCCCUCCGAUUCGGGGAACAGCCCAAGAUGUCAGGCAUGUCUGUACCGGCCUCCCUUGUGAUGCCCGCCCUCAACUUCUCUUCGAUUGCCGCUUUUGGCACAUCCAUGCGGCUGUCUCGUCCCGCCGUCCAUCUGUCAGGUGAGCUGGCCUGCGCCAUGAGCGGCGGCAGUCGUCCAUGGGCCAGGCUUGCCCUGCUGCCAUUGGCCCAGCUGGCUGUUUUGGUGGCCGUCACUUCAUCUCAUCCACGGCGACUAGUCAACCCCCAGUCCACUCGUGCGUGUUUCGAAGCCGCCCGCCCGCCCGCCAGCCUGCAGCUUUGUGCCUGCGCUGGCGUCGUGGCCUGCCCCUAGCAUGGCCUGCAAUCCAGCCGAGGUUUCAAUGCCGUGCUUGUCAACAUCUGAGCUUGUACGAGACCCGAGGACCGUGAUAGAUCGGACGGGCCCAUGCUAUAAGACUUGCAUCCCCUCUUUCGCCCGGCCCUGAUCCCGUAGCGACUCUGCGCGACUCUGCGGAAUUCCUGCCGGUCCGAGUUCGUGAAGCUGUCCGAAUACGCCCUUCCAACCCGAAUCUCGCCCCCGCGCAAUCCAAUUGUCACAGGCUUACCAGCUCGUAAUCAUGUUCCGGGAGAUCCUUGCCCUCGGGCCAGCCUACCUGAGCCUGCUUGUCUUCCUCCUUGUUGUCUCCUACUAUGUCCUGAGGACGGCCUACGUCGACUACCAGAUCAGGAAGCUCGGGGCUGUGAGGUCCCCCGUCUUGGCCACCAACCCGCUCAUGGGACUUCCCUUCUUCAUCGAUGCUGCCAUCAAGCAGGGCCAGAACAAAUUGCUCGAAUUCUACGAUGGGCUGUACAAGUCUUCCCCCCCGGGCUGUCCCAAUUGCGUCGAGAUAUCCAUCUCGGCACAGCAUAGGUUCAUCAUGACCAGAGACCCCGACCAUGUCAAGACUAUCUUGACGUCAAAGUUCUCCGACUUCGGGAAGGGGGAGCGUUUCCACGACACGUGGAGUCCCUUCCUGGGCGAUAGCAUCUUUACAACUGAUGGCCAGUUGUGGUCAGACAGCCGCGGCCUCAUCCGACCCAUGUUUAUCAAGGAGAAGGUCCGAGACAUAGAAAUCUUUGAGAGGUGGACUCAGACCUUGAUGUCCAAGAUACCCUCCUCCGGCGCGACUGUUGACGUUUGUGACCUGUUCUAUCGAAUGACCCUUGAUGUGACCACAGACUUCCUGCUCGGCACAAGCGUCAACAGUCUGAACAACCCCAAGCAUGAGUUUGUCGAAGCGUUCACCGAGGUCCAGCGGGUUCAGAUGAUGCUUACAAUUCUGGCCCCAUUCCGUUGGUUGGUCCCGAAGCGGAGGUACCAUAAGGGCAUUCGGGUGCUUGAGAGGUUCAUGGAGCCCUAUAUUGAGCAGGCACUGGCACUCCCGCCCUCCGAGCUCGACAAGCUCUCCAAGUCGGACAAGAGCGCCACCUUCCUCCACAGCAUCGCUCGCUAUUCGAGGAACCCCAAGGUCCUCCGCGACCAGAUCAUGGCCAUACUGCUGGCCGGUCGUGACACGACCGCCGCGACACUGUCAUGGACCAUCUACGAGCUUGCGCACUACCCCGCCAUAUAUACCAAGCUACGCAAUGAAAUCCUCUCUACUGUCGGGGAGACCAGAGCACCAACAUACGAGGACCUGAAAAACAUGACAUACCUUACACACACUCUCAACGAGACGUUGCGACUCUACCCAGCUGUGCCGUAUAAUCUGCGUGCGGCCCUCGAGGAUACAACUCUUCCGGGAAUACCAGGUCAGCCCGAUAUUGCUGUGCUGAAGAAAGAUAUUGUGAUUUACAGCACCCUGUCGAUGCAACGACGUUCGGACCUCUACCCUCCACAGAGUGACAAGUUUGCCGACCCGGCCGUAUUUAGUCCGGACAGGUGGGACCAUUGGACGCCAAAGGCGUGGCAUUAUGUCCCGUUUAAUGGAGGACCGCGGAUUUGCGUAGGUCAAAAUUUUGCUAUGACCGAGAUGGCUUUUGCUCUGGUACGAAUACUACAGAAAUACGACCGUGUUGAAUACCGGGGCGACUGGAGCUCACAAUAUCACAAGGCCGAGAUAGUGGGCUGCCCAGGAGAUGGGGUCCCGGUCGCAUUUCACGAGGCUCAGAAAGGCGAUAUGGCCUAAGGCUUCUAGCUGUUGUGUCAACUUGUGUGAAUAUAAAACCCGUGAUUUAUUGUUCCCAGCGUUCUCGGCUCCUGAUGACUGGUGAAAACACCAUUACGGGCUAGAAGCAACGGGUCUAACUACUAGGUAGUAGACUGAGCCGGGUCAAUUGGUGUCGAAGAUUUGAAGACCGCUAUGUGAG